AUGCCUGCCCUGUCCGCGCGGCGCCCUUCGCUGUGCGUGUUGUGCGCAUUCGCCGCCCGGCCAUGGCACGCGCAGCCGCAACGCCUGGUACCGCGGAUCCAGGUCGCCCACCGAAGCGCCACAUCAUCUGGCAGUGGCAGUGGCAGCAGACGUAGCAGCAACAGCAACAGCAACAGCAACAGCAGCAGCAGCAGCAGCAGCAGCAACAGCAGCAACAGCAACAGCAACAGUAACAGCAGCAACAAUACCACCAACACCAACACCAACACCAACACCAAAAAUGGCUACGGCGGCCGUCCGGGCGCAUUCAGAAACGGACGCGCCUCCAAGUCGGCCACCUUCAACCCGCUCAGCUCCAGGAACAGCUUCCGGUACGCGGGCAGCCCGCCGGCGGACGCGCUCCGCACCGUCGUAGACAGCAAGCUCGGCAAGCUGCGCCUCGAGUUCACCGAGCCGGGCUUCCUCGACAGCCUGCAGCUCACCCAGGAACAGUUCGCCAAGGAGUGGCGCGCGUUCGACAUGGCCAUCGGCGCGUGGGUCAAGCAGGCCGGCAGAGAGCUGUCUGACCUCGUGCGCGAGGCCCAGCGCGGCAAGGACACGCUCGAGACGCGCCUGCGCUACCUCUUCUACGCCCAGACCUGCGGCGGCCGCUUCACCACCGCCGAGCUCGAGAACCAGAAGGAGGUGGCCGACCUGCGCCAUCCCGCCGAGUGGUAUCCCGCCACCCGCGAGCUCCCCCGCGUCGUCCACAUGCACGUCGGCCCCACCAACUCGGGCAAGACCUACCACGCCCUCCAGCGCCUCGAGGCAGCCAGCUCGGGCAUCUACCUCGGCCCCCUGCGCCUGCUCGCCCACGAGGUCUUCACCCGCCUCAACGCAAAGGGCAAGCCCUGCGCCCUCGUCACCGGCGAGGAGCAGCGCAUCCCCGACGGACACGCCCCGCCCAUGUACAGCUGCACCGUCGAGAUGGCCCCCCUCAACACAAAGUUCGACGUGGCCGUCAUCGACGAGAUCCAGAUGAUCAACCACCCCGAGCGUGGCUGGGCCUGGACACAGGCCUUCCUGGGCCUGCAGGCCCGCGAGAUGCACCUCUGCGGCGAGGCCAGGACCGUCGACAUGAUGCGCCAGCUGUGCGCCCUGGUUGGCGACGAGCUCCACGUCCACGAGUACGAACGCCUGACGCCUCUGCAGGUGCUGCCACGCAGCUUGGGCGGCAAGCUGAACAAGCUGGAAAAGGGCGACUGUCUCGUCGCCUUCACCGUGGUCGGUAUCCACGCGCUUCGCCGCGAGAUUGAGAAGCAGACGGGCAAAAAGUGCGCCAUUGUCUACGGCAGCCUGCCGCCCGAGACGAGAGCGCAGCAGGCCCGACUCUUCAACGAUCCCGACAACGAGUACGACUAUCUCGUCGCCAGUGACGCCAUCGGCAUGGGCUUGAAUCUCGCCAUCAAGCGGGUCAUCUUCGAGUCCACCAUGAAGAGCAACGGCGUCAAGUACGUCCCCCUGCAGGUCUCGGAGAUCAAGCAGAUUGCCGGCCGCGCUGGCCGCUACAAGACCGCCGCAGACGCCGUGAGCGACAGCACACCCACUGCAGAGGGAGCGGAGCCCAAGGCGGCGAAGAAGGAGAAGGAGAAAGAGAAGACUGUGGGAUGGUGCACCACGCUCGACCAAAUCGACCACGACGCCCUGAAGACGGGCAUGAGCAGCGAACCCGAGCCGAUCGAAACGGCGGGUCUGUUCCCCCCGUCGCUCAUCGUCGAGCGCUUUGCCAACUACUUCCCCCCCGGCACGCCCUUUAGCUACAUCCUCCUCCGUCUCCACGAGAUAUCCGAGAUCCACCCGCGCUUCCACCUGUGCGGUCUGAAGGAACAGCUCGCCAUCGCCGACGCCAUUCACACCAUCAAGAACCUCAGCAUCCAAGAUCGCAUCAUGAUUUGCUCCGCGCCAUGCAACAUGCGCGACGCUGCCGAGAAGACGUUCUUGCGCACGCUGGCAGAGUGCAUCGCAGACGGCAAGUCGGGGAAUCUGCUCGAGCUACCGAACCUGCCGCUCCACGUCAUGGACGGGCCGGCGAAAGGCGAUCGAGCGUACCUCUACUCGCUGGAGCAGCUCCACAAGAUGGUGGUCCUCUAUCUCUGGCUCAGCUACCGCUUCCCCAACGUCUUCACCACCCGCUCCCUCGCCAUCUACACAAAGAAGCUGCUCGAGGACCAGAUCGAGAGCACGCUCACCGGCUUCUCCUACACGGAGCUCCGUCUCAAGCAGAAGGAGAAGCGAGAUCGCGAGAGGCUGAAGCGGUCCAACGAAGCCGACGAGGCUGUCCAUGAGCGGGAGCGGCAGAUGCCCGCGCCGCCUGGCAUGCCGGCGGAAGCCAGGGACAUUGUCAACGACAAGCACGCUUUCGCAGAGGGGGCGCCCACGACCGAUGAUGUGGACGAGUACCCCGAGGAGCCUGUCGAAGACGCGAGUCCACCAGCCGAGCUCGACAGCGUUCUCGAGGAAGCCAAAGGGAAGAAGCAACGCGCAGCGGGGGGGUGA